ACACAGUCAAAUCUCUACCGUUACUUUCAACCAAACUAUAAUCCAACCGUUGAUCUAUAUUCUCUCUUCUUCCUUCAUCAUCACAACACAGAUGAUGUAAGUAAUGGGCAAAGCAAUUAGUUUUUCUCUUACUGUGACUUAUCCUCAGACACCAUCUUCCCAUUCACUCCAAGCAAACGAGAAUUAACCUAAAAAUACUCAGGACUUCAUUUCAUGAACGACCAAAUCAUGAUGCAUCACCCUCAUCAGAUCUUUCAGAAUAAGCAAAACUACGCGGUUUGGCCGCAUCCCCGGCCGCUCUACCUGCCAGAAAACGCGGCCGUGUUCCCUCGUCCGCCGGCGUUCACACCCCAUCAGGGUCGGGUCAAUUGGAAUAAAAGAAAAGACUUUCCCAGAACCGGGUCGGUCCCGGGUCAUACCUUCAAACCGGGUAACCCGAACGACUCAAAAACACUAACGGCAAACCGUUCCUCCGCAAAGGGUCGCCGGAUUCACCACCCAAAGCGAACGUUCGGCCGCGGCGGGGGCGGAAACCGACUCACGCCGCCGUUCGCGCCACUCAAUACGACGUCGUUCAUAAUCCGGGCGAAGAAUUCCGGCGGCAUCGCGCCGCUGAUUUCACCGGCAGGAUCGCUGUCGCCGGCGAAGUUCGAAGAGAGGGCGGAGGAGGAGCAGUGGGGCUUCAACGGAUAUGGCUCCAUGAAGGGCCUGAUCCGGCUCCGGCCCGGAAAAUUCGACUCCAGCGAAAACUCCGGCGCUGGCAGGUUCGAGAUGGUGAACGCUAGUUCCGGCGAGGAGCAGAACUUGGAUAAAAGGGUUGAUGAACAGGACUCGCAUCUUGCUCACCUCGAAGAAGAGAAUUUGACGCUGAAAGAAAAGCUUUUGUUGAUGGAAAAGCAAUUGGGUGACUUGAGGAGGAGGGUUCAGUUCUUGGAGACCGACGGGACCACCAGCCACGGCCACCGUGAGGGCGGCGCGGAGAAUUUUUUACCGGAGAUGUUUUCUCAGUAAAAAAAAAAGUUGAUGGUGAUACCAACGACAAAGUUUAGUUAUUUCCUUAGAUAAUAAGUUUUUUUCCUUUUUCUUUUUGGUAGAUAAAUAAAAGCAUGUGAAAUAUAUAUAACGUAGAAGUAGGUGUAUUUCGUUUAGUUUUAUUUAAUGUGAAUUAUGUUUUAUAACCUAACUCUUGAAUUUACAAACUUUGGCUGCGUCUUGUGAGCUUACUUGGGAGUUACAGGAAUAAGAAUUUGACUAUGUAGUUUAGAAA